AUGGCUAGUAAAAGGUCGCACGUCUUCCGGGUGACCGGCCUAUCUAGGAAACUACUCGAUGAAGAACUCAAGACCGCAUUACACGACGCGCUCAACGACAACUUCGCGGACGACGAGAGAUCGCAUAUCAAAGCUAAGAUCACGAUCGUGCCUUCAUACUAUAAAAGUGACACAGAGAGGGUGGCGCUGGUACAAUUUCGCGGUAGGGUGCCUCAGUUCCUCCGAAGAGGAAAUCUUGGUCGGAUGUGGCUCCAGGACUUCAUAUCGAAGGAUCUACCGCAGUGCCGCACCAUGAUCUACAGGUACAACUCCAAGCUAUCGAGCCACGGAGUCGAUACGAUCCUCGAUUACGGGCGGGAGCUGAUAGAGGAGAUCAAGAAAAUUCGGAACACAAAGGAGCAAGUUUGGCUGAUUGUUCCACUAGCUCUAGCAGAGACCUUUGAUAUUCAUCGCACACAGUUUUGGAGGCAUAAUCAUGGCUCAUUGCCUGGUGAGGGCCAUUCAGACCAUGGAAAAGACCACCCGGCGAUCACAUCGCUACAUCGAGCCACGUACGGCAUGAUCCUCUUUGCCAUCCCAUAUAAAGGAUUGAUACUAGCCGGGGAUCACAGCCAUCCGCGAGGGCAGUUACUACAGCAGAUCUCUAGUAAAUCCGACUUACUGAUCCACCAGCUAGCGGAUUUCAAAAACUUGAUCAGAGAUCGAAGAGUGGUCAGCUUCUAUGAGACAGAGCAGACGAGGCGGUUGGCAUUAGUGAGUGUUGGUCUUUGCCUGAAACAGGCCAUGAAACGCACCGGGGAUUUUGUGACGACGAUUAGCGCAGACUCGGCUCUUCUGCAGCUCCCCGAUCAUGUAGAGGACAAGGUGCCGCUACACGCAGACCACUCAGAGGUGGUCAAAUUCGACACGCGUAACGCGGCCGGAUAUCGAAUAGCGCUCGAUAAGCUACGGCAGUUCUCAAAAGAGGCGCCAUCGGUGGUGGCGGCUCGGUUCACGCAAACGCGUCCGAAGCCCCAGCCGUGCUCCACAGUACCUUUCAAGAAAGACCCGAUGUUUAUAGGCCGUGAGGCUGUCAUCAGCGCUAUCAAGGAAAGACACAAGGCGAUCGGUCAGCGACAUGAGCGGGUGGCAUUGGUGGGGUUGGCCGGCGUUAGAAAAACCCAGACAGCCAUCGAGUAUUCCUAUCGUGUGCGAGAAUCCACACCGGACAUGUGGGUGUUUUGGAUCCACGCCAGCAAUGCGGCGCGGCUGGAACAAGGCUAUCAGCAGAUUGCCGCAGCUGAGGUUCCGGGGCGGGAUGAUCCAAAGAUGAACAUCCUCCAGCUCGUGUAUCAGUGGUUGUGUGAUGCACGCAAUGGGCGCUGGCUGAUGGUGUUAGACAAUGCGGAUGACGAUGGUAUCUUUUUCAGUGACAAUACAUUCAACGAACGAGGGCCGCUGGUGAGCUUCCUGCCCCAGGCGGCCCAUGGAUCAAUCCUGAUCACAUCGCGAAAUGGGCUUGCGGCACGGAAUCUGGUGGGGAGCGAUCGUCAUGUGAUCACAGUUCAGCCAAUGAAUGAGGACGAGUCCCUCACCCUUUUACGGGCAAGGGUUCCGGCCUCUCAAUCAGGAGAGUCUGGAGAGUCUGGAGAGGAUGAGAAGGCACUGGUCCUGGCCCUGGAAUAUAUUCCACUGGCAGUAUGGUCGCAGCACCACAGCACCAGAAUUUAUUUAGUGCUGCGGGGCCGGGACCAAAAAUCGGCUGGUGCUGCGGGACUUGUCAAGGCCUACCCAUUCAUAACCCAUCAAAACCCAAGAGAACCCCAUUUAUAA